AUGGUGCCCAAGUUACCACCAUCGAUUCUCUUUGACCUGCUCGGCCAAGACACAGUAAGUCAUAGCCAUCAUCACUCUUUCGAUGUCGAAAGGACCAUCUAUAGAGGGCCUGGGCGUGGCGGAAGAAUCCGCAAGCCCUUCACCGGCAAAUGCCGGAUUUGCCAGAAAAAGGGGCACAAGGCCCUGGAGUGCCCUGUCCGGGCAUGGCAGCUCCGCCAGGCCGUGGAGGAGAAAAAGAAAGAGGAAGAGGAGAAGGAGGAGGAGAAGGCCGCCGAGAAGCCCGUCGAGAAGACUGCUGAGGACCCCAAUGGGGAGAAGCCCUCCAAGGGCGGUGAGGACGUCGCCAUGUCCGUAGAUGCCUAAUCCAGGGUUAAUGGAAUGAAGCAGCCUAUCUCGAGCUGUUGAGUACUGUGACAGGCGGUCGGGGACUCUUGGGCUGGCGGGUCGCUAGCAGAGACACCACAGGGGAGAUAAAAGGUGGAGGUGAGAGCGACAGAGGGGGGGAGCAUCGUGUUUUCUUUUCUUGAGAUUUCCUCUGGCAAGUCAGAGAGUCAGAGGGUCUAAAGAAUUCUUGUUGGAGUUAAUGAAUUUGUUGCCUUAUGUUCGAGAGGUCCAUUUGAGUAUAUUUUGAC